AUGGCGGCACCAGGCAGACCCAGGUUGGGCAUGUUCACCAGUGGACUGUCCUCGCUGUCCCAGAGCAGCGACCCCAACUCCCCCAAUGUCAGCUCGCCCGCCGAGCAGCGUGCUGGCGCAAAGGCAAACAUGUUCCAAGCCAUGCGCCUGCCCACGCAGCACGUCUGGGUGCUAUACUUUGACAAGCAGGCCAAAGACCAGAAGAAGACGGACGACGGCAGCUAUCAAGUGCAUUUCGAACAGCUCGGCGAGGACAUCAAAUCGGUUGCCGAGUUCUGGCGCUAUGAGAACCACAUCAACGUGGAGCAGAUGGCCAUGCGCGAUUCCAUCUACCUGUUCAAGAAGGGCAUCAUGCCCGUGUGGGAGGAUCGACGCAACGUGUUGGGAGGCAGCUGGACCUUCCGGGUCCCCAAGGGCUUGUCCCAAGAAUUCUGGAGGCACAUCCAGGUCAUGGCCAUCGGCGAGACGUUGGAGGGCGUGCUGGCAAAGGGAGACCAGCUCUGCGGCGUAGGCCUUUCCGUGCGCUUCAACUCGCACCUGAUCUCCAUCUGGCACCGACACUCGUCGGAACAGGCAUCCAUCGAUGCCCUGCUGGAUGUUGUCCUGCAGUCGCUGCCCGAGAACCUGCAGCCCAAAGCCGACAACUACUUCUACAAGAAGCACUCUGACCACGCAGGUUUCAAGGCACCGCCGGAGCUGCAAGCCGUCAUCGACUCACAAAAGAGAGCCCAAGAGGCUGCUGCAGCCAGUGCGAAGGCGGCAGCCUCUGCGCCGGCAGAAACAGAAAAACCGGCGGCGGCUGAGUAG